AUGGAACACAGAAGCAAUACAACUUACUUUGUCCUCUUGGGCCUCACACAGAAUCCAAAGGAGCAGAAAGUACUUUUUGUUAUAUUCUUGCUCUUCUACAUCUUGACCAUGGCAGGAAAUCUCCUCAUCGUUAUGACCAUAACCUUCAGUAAGACCCUGGGCUCACCAAUGUACUUUUUUCUUGCUAGCUUAUCAUUUAUGGAUGCUGUUUAUUCAUCAGUUUUUUGUCCCAAGUUGAUUUCUGAUUUGUUCUUUGGGGAAAAUACCAUAUCCUUCAAGCUCUGUAUGGCUCAGCUCUUUUCAGAACACUUCUUUGGUGGAUCAGAGGUCUUUCUUCUGUUGGCAAUGGCCUAUGACCGCUAUGUGGCCAUCUGUAAGCCCCUGCAUUAUUUAAUUAUCAUGAGGCCAUGGGUGUGUGUUGUGCUGCUGGUAGUUUCCUGGGCUGGAGGGUUUUUGCACUCAGUAAUUCAACUAAGCACCAUUUAUGGACUCCCAUUCUGUGGCCCCAAUGUCAUUGACCACUUUAUAUGUGACAUGUACCCUUUAUUGAAACUUGUCUGUGUUGACACCUAUGUCAUUGGCCUCUUAGUGAUGGCCAAUGGGGGACUCAUCUGCACAACUUUACGUCAUGAACUUUAUGAAGAUUGA